CGCAGGCGACAGCCGGUCCCCGCGCGCCGCCCCUCGCCCAGCCUCGAGCGCGCGGCCCGAAGGCGCGUCCGCAUACAUGCCCCAGCGCGGGGCGUUGCAGGCGCUCGCGGCGCGACGCGUGUGAUGUGAGGAGGCGCGGCGGCCCGCGUGGUGCCCGCUGAGCCGGGCGCGGGAGGACAGCAGGACAGCAGCGCGCGGGGCGGGGCGCGUCCGGGGUGGGGGGGCCCGGCGGCCCGCGGAGGGCUGCGGGGGAGCAGGCGCGCCGCGGACCCGCGGGAAGGCACGGCGAAAGCAUCGCCGUCCACUGAGCCAACACGCUAACUCCGCGGCGUCCCUCACGCCCCGAACCACCGGAGGCGGCGACACCUGAUCCGGCGCACACGGGUCCCCUCUGUUCCGGAUACAAUUACGCGCAGGGACACGCUCAGACUCACGCGGCGCAGCCGAGAGACGAGCUAUGAAGUCUUACACUUCUUGUUUCAUGCUCCUGUGGAGUGCUGUUGGGAUAGCGAAGGCUGCCAAAAUCAUCAUCGUGCCGCCAAUUAUGUUUGAAAGCCAUAUAUACAUUUUCAAGACGCUAGCCUCAGCCUUGCAUGAGAGAGGCCACCACACAGUGUUCCUCCUCUCAGAAGGCAGAGACAUCACCCCAUCUAAUCAUUACAGCCUCCAGCGCUACCCAGGGAUCUUUAACAGUACCACCUCGGAUGCUUUCCUGCAGUCCAAAAUGCGGAAUAUUUUCUCUGGGAGAUUGACAGCAGUCGAACUGUUUGACAUACUGGAUCACUAUACUAAGAACUGUGACAUGAUGGUUGGCAACCAUGCCCUGAUUCAGAGCCUGAAGAAAGAAAAGUUUGACCUGCUGCUGGUGGACCCUAAUGAUAUGUGUGGAUUUGUGAUAGCUCAUGUUUUGGGGGUUAAAUAUGCUGUAUUUUCAACUGGCCUUUGGUAUCCUGCUGAAGUGGGAGCCCCUGCUCCAUUAGCGUACGUCCCAGAGUUUAACUCACUCCUCACAGACCGCAUGACCUUGCUGCAAAGGAUGAAAAAUACUGGCGUUUACCUCAUUUCCAGAUUAGGGGUCAGCUUUCUGGUUCUUCCCAAAUACGAAAGGAUAAUGCAGAAGCACAACCUGCUGCCGGAGAAGUCCAUGUAUGAUUUGGUUCACGGGUCCAGCCUGUGGAUGCUGUGUACUGACGUGGCACUGGAGUUUCCAAGACCCACUCUGCCUAACGUUGUUUAUGUAGGAGGAAUCCUAACCAAGCCGGCCAGCCCACUACCAGAAGAUCUCCAAAGUUGGGUAAAUGGUGCUAAUGAGCAUGGCUUUGUUCUGGUAUCUUUUGGAGCCGGUGUCAAGUAUCUGUCGGAAGACAUUGCUAACAAACUGGCAGGAGCCCUGGGGAGACUGCCUCAGAAGGUGAUUUGGAGAUUUUCUGGACCCAAACCAAAGAAUCUAGGAAACAACACUAAGCUCAUAGAAUGGUUACCACAAAAUGACCUGCUGGGGCAUUCAAAUAUUAAAGCCUUCCUGAGCCAUGGUGGUUUGAAUAGUAUUUUUGAAACCAUGUAUCAUGGUGUGCCUGUGGUGGGAAUCCCACUCUUUGGAGACCAUUAUGAUACAAUGACCAGAGUCCAGGCGAAAGGCAUGGGGAUAUUACUCCAGUGGAAGACAGUUACUGAAGAAGAGCUCUAUGAUGCACUGAUGAAAGUUAUCACUAAUCCCAGCUACCGACAGAGGGCCCGGAAACUUUCGGAAAUUCACAAGGAUCAACCAGGUCACCCCGUCAAUCGGACUAUCUAUUGGAUAGACUACAUUCUUCGUCACAAUGGAGCCCACCACCUGCGUGCCACAGUUCAUCAAAUCUCUUUCUGUCAGUAUUUUUUACUGGAUAUUGCCUUCGUGCUUUUGCUUGGUGCUGCCUUGUUUUACUUCCUCUUGUCCUGGGUGACAAAAUUUAUCUACAGAAAAAUCAAAAGCCUGUGGUCUAGAAAUAAGCAUAGCACAGUUAAUGGACAUUACCACAAUGGAAUCCUCAAUGGCAAAUACAAAAGAAAUGGCCAUAUUAAACAUGAAAAGAAGGUCAAAUGAGCCAACAGCCCAGGUAAUAGAAACAAAUCUGUUCAGUCAUUGAAUUUUUAGCACUAUUAUUUAGUCUAACAGCUACUAAAAGUAAAACAUCAGUAAACAAUUCUAACAUGCCCUUGUCAGAUCUUACUAGUGAAAUUCUAUGGAAUUAAGAUGGCUAUAAAAGCACAAACCUAAAAUGCAAAAGUGCAUUUUAUUCAAACUGAUAGAGAGUUUCGGCACUGAACCUUUUAGAAGCCUUAAUUAUUUAAAUCAACUAAGUGACCAUGUCAGAUCUUAGUUUUAAAUCUUGAUACAUGUGUGUCCCAGAUAAGGAAUGGUUUCAUUUUCUUAAUAAGGUUUGUGUGUGUUUGUGUGUAUGUGUGUCUCCUAAGAGAAUUUUUAGUGGCUGCUCGUUAUAUUUGUUGAGGGUACAACACAUUCAAGAAUGAAAUAGAAAGAUAGAACACUACCAUGAAAGAACACUUUUCCUUCAAAACUGGAUGCAGAGGAAGAAAAUAAAAAGAAAUGGCAGUUUUUUGUACUUUUUGUUUUAGUUGUUUUGUUUUUCUGAUUUUGUUUUCCUUUUCUUACAGACUGGACACUUCUGGGGGAAAAUAUGUAAUUAAGUAAUUGUAUAAAUUGGUUGUCACAUUUUACUUUUGUUUUACCACUACUGAUAAUUUUCCUGUGGAAGAAUUUUAUAGUUUUUUCUAUUUCAUUUUAAUGAGUAACAUGUUAACGUAUAAUUAGACAAAGCAACAAAUCUGACUUUUGUUCAAAGUAUUGAAGAUUAUUGCUUAUCUUAGUGGCAUUUUUAAACAGGGCCAUUGUUUGAAUGUUUGUGUAACUGUUUGAUGGCUUUUCUACAAUGUAACUUUGGAAUGUUCAGGUAUUUCAUUUCCAAAAUUUUACCUUUUAAAAAAACCAUGUUCCUCAUCCCUUUUAUUGUCCAGGCCACAUAAUCUAUGUUACAUAGGUGCCAACUUUUAAUGCUUUUAGAUGGAAUAUUUGCAAUUCUUAUUGGUACCUGCUUUGUCUAGAGAGGUUUGAGAUCUUAACAAAUCAGACUACAUGAUAUAUAGAAGCAACAGAGAAACUGUACCAGUUGUUUAUGAAAAUGAGUUCCUACUUACUCCCUCAGCCGCCGCCACCCCAGCAGCCUUUUCCAGUCAUUGUGGCUGACGUGGAAUAGUGACAGUAUUCGAGAACAGGGAUGCACGCCACAGACAUAAGAUCGGGAUCUCCCUGCUGAACCAUUCACUAAUUGGCAACUGAGUUUAUUCCAUGUCAUUGUUUACUUAGCAUUUGCACUACACAUGUUGAGUGUAUGCUUUAUUUAUCUGUAGUUGGAAAUCCCACAGCUGAGAGUAGACAAAUACAACAUUUACCUAAUGGCAUUCACUAACUUGAAGAAGUGAAAAUUCUAGAAUGCUGUAAAUCCUCGGCAUACACUAUGACAGUGUCAUUACAUACCCACCAGGAGCCACUCUCCUAUAUGUAGAAAAAUGUUACCAGUAAUUUUCUAAUAUGCAAUGCAGACAAAUGUACUGCUCUCUGAUACUUGAAGAAAUGGUAUUAUACAUAGAAGCCUAUUAUACCUUUUCACACAAUCUUAUCACAAUAUUGCCGUUAAAAGGGAAAAAAACAUAGGCAAUGAGUGGUGGGGUAGUAAUGGGAGUGUAUGAAUGAGUUGAUUUUACUUUCUUGGAAUUUGAUGACGUUGACAGUAGGCACUGACUGGAUGAUUAAGCAUAAGUUAAUCUCUACUGUGAUAAAAAAUUUAAAUAAUAAACAUGAUUUAAAAUAGA